AUGAAAUCCUUUAUUUUGUUGAUUGUGAUUUUGUGCGUGCUGCACUCACAGCUGGCAGGGGGAGAGAAAAAGGCUGAAGGGGGAGAGAAAAAGGCUGAAGGGGGAGAGAAAAAGGCUGAAGUAAGCGAUACUACAGGAGGCACUUCAAGACUCACCAAUCACAUUGUUCUCCUCGCAUUCCUUUUAAAGUGUCUCGGAUUGAUCCAGUAG